GUCAAUGUUAAGCCUCGACUUCCUCGUGAUCUUUGUGAGUGAAACGACAGCAGCACGAUGACGCAUUGACAUCCUUCCUGUGACGUCUGCAAUGACACGUGUAGUCAAGAUGGCGGCGGCGAUGGAGAUGUGGGCACUGUUACUGGUGUCCACGCUGCCUUUAGUAACACCCUUUUAUGUACCAGGGGUUGCGCCCAUGAAUUUCCACCAAAACAGCCCAGUUGAAAUAAAGGCUGUAAAAUUGACAAGCUCUAGAACCCAGUUGCCCUAUGAGUACUAUUCACUUCCCUUCUGCAAGCCUGAUAACAUCUUCUACAAGGCAGAGAACCUCGGUGAGGUGUUGCGAGGAGACCGUAUCGUAAACUCGCUGUACACUGUUCUCAUGAACCUGGACAAGAAUUGUGAGGUGUUGUGUAAAAAGCCUGAUGAUCCCAUCAAACUCAGCGUGGAUGAGAGCAAGCUGCUAGCUGAGCGUAUCCAAGAAGAGUACUAUGUCCACCUUAUUGCAGAUAACCUUCCUGUGGCCACACGGCUAGAGCUUUACCCAAACAAAGAGGAGGGAAUGGAUGAGGAACAGAGGAAGGACACACUGAAGGAUAUCCAGUUUGAGCAUGGCUACAGGCUCGGCUUCACUGAAAACAACAAGUUCUAUUUGCACAACCAUCUGUCAUUCAUCCUGUACUACCACAAAGAAAAGCUGGAGGAGGAUGUCGAACACAAUUACAGAGUUGUACGUUUUGAGGUGAUGCCAAAGAGUGUAAAAUUGGAAGAUAUAAAAGCAGACGAGCGAAACACAUGCACAUUACCUGAAACGGUUGCCCCCGUCCCUCAGGAGAUCGACCCGACUAAAGAGAACAGCAUUCUCUUCACCUACUCUGUGCACUGGGAGGAGAGUGAAGUGAAAUGGGCGUCUCGCUGGGACACGUACCUCACCAUGAGCGACGUGCAGAUCCACUGGUUCUCAAUCGUCAACUCUGUAGUCGUGGUGUUCUUUCUGUCAGGCAUCCUGAGUAUGAUCAUCAUAAGGACGCUGAGGAAGGACAUUGCCAACUACAACAGAGAAGAUGACAUUGAAGACACAAUGGAGGAAUCUGGUUGGAAGAACGUCCAUGGUGAUGUGUUCCGCCCACCUCAGUAUCCCAUGAUUCUUAGCUCCCUGUUGGGAUCUGGCAUCCAGCUCUUCUGCAUGAUUCUCAUUGUUAUCUUUGUGGCUAUGCUGGGGAUGUUGUCUCCAUCCAGUCGAGGAGCUCUGAUGACAACAUCCUGCUUCCUCUUCAUGUUCAUGGGUUUGUUCGGAGGAUACGUUGCAGGAAGACUUUACCGCACUCUUAAAGGCCACAGAUGGAAGAAAGGCGCUUUCUGUACGGCAACUCUGUACCCAGCUGUUGUCUUUGGCAUCGGUUUUGUUUUGAACUGUUUCAUCUGGGGAGAACACUCUUCUGGUGCUGUUCCUUUCACUACAAUGCUGGCUCUGUUGUGUAUGUGGUUUGGUAUUUCUAUGCCUCUCGUGUAUCUGGGCUACUAUUUCGGUUUCCGGAAACUGCCAUAUGACAAUCCAGUUCGUACCAAUCAGAUUCCCCGGCAGGUCCCUGAGCAACGCUGGUACAUGAACAAGUUUGUCGGUAUCCUGAUGGCAGGAAUCCUGCCGUUUGGUGCCAUGUUUAUCGAGCUCUUCUUCAUCUUUAGUGCUAUCUGGGAAAACCAGUUUUAUUACCUGUUUGGCUUCCUCUUCCUUGUCUUCAUCAUUCUUGUGGUUUCCUGCUCUCAAAUCAGCAUUGUGAUGGUGUACUUUCAGCUUUGUGCAGAGGACUAUCGGUGGUGGUGGAGGACGUUUCUCGUGUCUGGAGGAUCUGCCUUUUAUGUCCUAGUCUAUGCUGUUUUCUAUUUUGUCAACAAGCUGGACAUUGUGGAGUUCAUUCCCUCUCUGUUGUAUUUUGGCUACACAACCCUGAUGGUUUUGUCUUUCUGGCUGCUAACGGGAACGAUUGGCUUCUAUGCCGCUUAUGUGUUCAUACGGAAAAUUUAUGCUGCGGUCAAAAUCGACUGAAAUAAUUCUUUCAGUUUUUGUUUCCUUUUUUUCUGUUUUGUGAAGCAAGCACUGAUGUGUGAAUUGCUGGCAUGAGGCGCAGCAGCGCCCCCCUAUGGACUGGAGGAAUGAACAUAGAUGUGUUUUGUACACCGUUAUCAAAACCUUUCUGUCCUGCUAUCUCUGCCUCAGCAAAGAUGUAAAGAAACAACAUGAACAGUUCCAUUUUUAAUGUCUGUAUAUCUUUUUGCACACACAACAUGGGCCAAAGUGUGUCGACUUUUUUUUCUUUAAGUUUGGGUGGGGAUGUUGGAUUUGUGGGCUGGGUCUCAUGCUUUUGAAGACAUUGAGGGUUAGUUGCAUAUAUCAUUUUACAAAUUAGCUUUGUGUCCUUUUAAUAUAACAUUUGAUUUCAACUUGUUUCUAUGUCUUUGAUUCAGAACUGAGUUCCUGAAUGCUUGUCUUGUAUGUGUGUGUGUGAAUGUGUGGUCACUCUGUGGUCUUUAUAUGUUGGCAUGGACUGAAAUUAUGGGAUGUAAAGACAUGAGGCAAGGACAUUAAAAAAAGAAGUAGAUUUCCUUCUGUUUCCUUGUGCUUGCUGGUCAAUGGACCUAUAAAAGACGUAUAAUAAUGCAGUAUCGCUUUGUUUGUUUGUUCUUUGCCACUAAGAGAAAGGCCUGUUUUUCAAUGUCACACACAUUUGAUAUUCCACAUUAGAGAAGCCAUUUUUUUGUAAAAAAUCUUUCUGCCAUGUAUUGACCACCUAUUGACUAUUGCUGUAGCCAAAAUCAGAUGCAUCUUGGUGGAUAUACCCCGAAAUUCAAGGGUAUCAACACAAAUUUGUGCAGUGCCCAGCAGGUUGCGGUAUAUUUGCUUACAUCCAUGGUACUUUUUAGAUUUGAACUUAAAAUGGUUAUCAUUUUUAGCUCUCUCAAAACACAAGAUACAAUAUUUGGAUCCUAAUUCUGACUCUAUGCCCUAAAGUGAAGCAGAUGCAGGAUUCAGUAGUUUAAAACACUAUAGCAAAAUCUACAUCUGCUUUUAGACCGGUCUGUAUUUCCUGUCGUCCUCACAGGUGACUUAAUGAAUAAAUGCAAGAUCUACAGAA